AUACGACCACUUCUCCAUAGCCGAGCACUACACACUUGUGCUGAAUUGCCUCCGCGCCGUUUCGGGCUCUUUUACCCUCCCCCAUCUCUACAAGAGGUAACCCCUGCAUGCCUGCCGCCAUGUCUCGUAACGUCCGACAAAAGUACCCGCCCAAGCCGGUCCGAGCCCCGAAGAGCCGGGACUAUGACUCGUCAUCUCUCGACCUCUCUGACGACAGCGGCUACUCUGGCGUCGAGGAUGUGACCGAUUCCGAAGAUGACGACGAGGAGCAUGUCGUUGCGGCCGAGGAGGCGCACAUAAUAUCCGAUGCAUUGCGCAAGCGAUCAUCGGGUCCUUCUCGGCCGCUGGUGGACGACGACGAAGACGACGACGCCGACGAGGAAAGUGAGGCGGAUGAAGAGGACGACCCCGAGGUCGGGGCCGGUCCCGAAGACGCAGAUCAGCACGACGACAGCGCGAGCUGGGAGGGAUUCUCGUCGGACCACGACGACGACCUGAUCCCUGCGGAGCCCGUGUCGCUCGAUUUGCUCGACCAGGUUUCCAUCAACACAGGGCGCCAUGUCCGUUUUGUCGGAGUUCCCGACAGCGAUACGGACUCGACUACGACCGAUACAAGUGAGGUAACCGACAUGAACGACUUCUUUCCUGAUAUAUUUGUGGAGCAGAGCGCCCUUGAUCCCAUGUUCCGCCGCGAGAUCGAGAGAGAUGACGAGACAUCCUCGAAUAGCUCCUUCUGGGAUUUCUACGCCGGCUCGCAGGAUUUUGCCGCCGGCGACCUGGAGGACCAGGACGAGACUCCGACGGCGACGCCGAGGCCGAGUCUCCCGCCCAGCGAAGUGUCAACCCCUGUACCUGUUCCUGAAGAGACACAGGACCUUGACGGUUACGAGACCGACGGUGACACUACGGAGGAAGAUAUUCCAGAGCCCAUUGUCCGCAAGAAGCAGAUGCGCCGCGCGCACGCGACUGGAGCAUCCUCGGACUCGGACACGGAGAAGCCGGUCCAGUGCAAACCCGGAAGGCCCCGCGUGGGUCGCUUCAAACUCGACAGAUCAGACAACAAGCCUAUCGGUGUCGUCGAUCCUGCUACGGGCAAGAUGAUCAUCUUCACGCCUCGCAGGACCAACCAGUUGGACCUCUCUCCCGAGUCGCUCCACGUGGACUUUUCCAGGCAAGACUUGGCCAGCUCUCCGCUUGUGAGAAACCCGGGCUACAUCAUGAUGGGUGCCAUGGUCCCGUCCAACAACCUGAACGAUUUUGUCAACAUGCAGCCUUUUGGCCCGGCCGAGGCAUUCUUCCCCUGCACUUCUGACAUCUUUGGCGGGGAGGAGGAGAGCGACGAUUCGUACUUUGCCGGUAUGGAAGAGGACGAAGAGGAGAGCAUGCUCAGGAUCGAAGAUUUUGUCACCUUCAAUAGCGACUCAUCCGACGACGAGGAAGGGGCCGAUUGGAACGGGGAUCUCGUCUCUAGCCCCACCCGGCCCAAGACCGCUACCAGUACUGCCAGCGGGGGAACCGAGGCUGCGGCAGCCGCCCACCCGCUGCUUACCCACUUUGACGGCAAGUCGGAUGUCGUGGGCGCCUUCCGGCGUAACCAGAUCAAUCAGCAGCUCAUCUACAGCGACAAAGCGAGCCAGGAGUCGCUCGCAUUCUCGGGACCGUACUACCACGGCACGCUCCGCGGAAUCAAGUCGGGAAGCCUGGAAGCCGUCACGACACCCAUCACGCCUCUCCGCCGCCAGAAGCGGAGCAACACGGUAGGAAGUGGAUUCGCCGACCUCCAGCAGAGCAGCCCACUCAACGUCCUGUCGCAGAAGAGAAAGGCGUCCGGCACCCACGCCGAAGCCAACGCGCACAAGCGUCAUCGAAGCAUUUCGGACAUGGAAGUUUUGCGCAUCUGACUCGCCCGUGGAGCGAGUUCAGCCGCCACGGGACAUGGUAAAACUACGUCGGAGGACGGCAUGGUUCGGAAGCCUGGUGUCGCGGUUGUCGAAAGUCGACUCGGCACCGUCCAACCAUCCCUGGCCUCAUCAUCUGUUACGACAGUGUCUGAUCAAACGAACAUUUUCCUUUUCUUGCCAUUUUUUCUUUUUUUUGUCAAUCAAAAAAUAGCACAGCAUUCUUUCUUAGCUUACCGCAGAACAAAAAGC